AGGAAAGAGAGUUCAUACCCACAAGACAAUAACAAUAAUACCAAAAUGCCUCCUAAGUUGAGUUCGGAAAAGAGGAUGAGGAAGUUCCUCAUCGAGCACCUUAAGACUCGUAGAAUCUUUGGUGCUAGAAUCGCCGAAGGAGAAAAGACUGUUAAAGAAUUAGCCAGAUUAAAUAUGGCACCCCAAGUAUUCUUAUUCAAGAACUUAUUUAGUGGACAAGUAUUAUAUUCCCAAGUUCCAGCAUAUCAUCAACAACAAAUUGAUGAACAAUUUUUAAGACCAAAUUGGCAAAACAGAAAGCCAAGUAGAAGAAAUGAUUAUUGGAGAAUAAUGUGUGUUGCAACAUUUGAUAAUUACGAAUAUGCCGUAGCAGCUUAUAAGGGAUUAGUUGAUUUAAGAAAGACCAGAGAUGUUGUACAAAAGGAUGUAGCACAAUCUUUAAGAAGAAAAAAUGACGAUGGUAACAUUUGGUUUCAAGGACAAUAUAGACCAACAUAUACUCAAGAAGCUGUGGCUGAUUUGGCUCAUGUUAUUGAUGAAUUUGAAUUAGAAAAUACUAAAUUGACAUGGGAAAAUGAAUGGAGAAGAGGUGAAGAUAAAUUCUGGAGAAAUGAUCUAAUUGAACAUGAUACUCUUCCACCAUUUAAUGCUAAACUUCAAACUGCUAUGUUAGAUGAAUUAAGAAUUAAAGCACUUGAAGAAUUUGGUAAAUUAAGAGAACAAGAAGAAUCUAAAAAUACUGAACAGAUUCAACAGUCUGAACAACCUGUAAUAGCAUAAACUGGUUACUUAUAUGGUACAUAAAUAUUUUUUGGAUCUAAAUCCACUAUAAAAAGCUUAGCCGAUUGGGAGUAAAUUGCGAACACUGUAUAUAGAAGCAUCUCUCGUAUAACCCAUUCAUUAAUUUCUUCAUUUAUAUAUCCAUAUAUAUAACAAUUUGUAAUAUAGAUCUUAUCAAUUAU